AUUUAGUCGUUAUGUCUAUAAAUCAUUGUGUAGCAGAAAAUUAAAUGAUGUAUAGUAAUUGAAAGCUAUCUGGAUGUUAAAAAAUUGAGCUCAUAUGUCAACAAUUUCUCAUGUCAGAACUCAGAAGAAAUGGAUAGAAAUUCUCAAAUAUGGUUUUAGAUUGGUAAACAAAUAAGCAGACGACAGGUUCAGUGGGAAAUUCAACCGUGUUGUAGUUCUUGACUCUCGAGGUCGAGAUAUAAAAUGUGUGGAAUUCUCCUGUGUGUUGCAAGUGAAGUUGCGGACGAUAAGAAUAUUCAGCAACAGGUGGUGAACAACGGUGAUAGAGAUGCCCUUAAACGCCGAGGUCCAGAUGCCAGUAGUGAAAUUGAGAUAUACUUCCCAACGGCUUGGAAAGCAAUAUUUUCCGGGUAUACCUUAUGGUUACAAGGCAAUGCUCCUGAUGUACAACCUUUAAUUGAUUCAAGUGGCAAUAUCCUUCUGUGGAAUGGUGAUGUAUUCUAUACCAAGAUUGGAGGUGAAUUUAUCCCAAAAGGACUUUCAGAUAGUGCAUUUCUGCUACAAAAACUAGAAGAUGUUGAAACAGUGGAAGAAAUUUGCAAUAUUUUGGAGGUUAUAAAUGGUCCUUGGUCUAUGGUUUAUUAUAAAAAGAAUCUUAAUCAAAUAAUCACAGGAAGAGACAGGUUUGGACGUCAUAGUUUACUUUGGAACUGCCCUGCUAGAGAUGGGGAAAUCUUAAGCUCUCUGUUGAUCACAUCAUCAUCUUCCCUGGAAUCUGCACAUAACUCAACAUUGUUUGAAAUACCAGCAUCUCAUUUGUUCCAGAUUAGCUUUGGAAAUACGAUUCAAGUUAAAAAAAUCCAUUCAAGGAAGCCAUAUGCUGUAAACAACAAACCCAUAUCUGAGCACACAUUUUUUGAUUGGGUUACUCAUUCCUUGGAAAACAAAUCAUCUGACCACAUAAUAAGUGAAUACUUGAACAUUUGUCAAAAGGAGGUUGAAGGAUUGAAAGUCAUUCUGCUAGCUUCUAUAAAAUCACGAAUCGAAUGCCAGCCUAUGCUUUGUAAAACGUGCGUGCCUCUGCAUCUAAGUGGAGAAAACGUUCAAUGCACUCAUUCCAAAGUAGCCAUUCUAUUCUCCGGUGGCUUAGACUCUAGUGUCCUUGCUGCACUCACCGAUCGUGUUUGGCCAAAAAAUGAAUCUAUUGAUUUGUUAAAUGUGGCCUUUCCAUUACGCAACAAAAAAAAUCCUUCUGCCAACGAAUUCGAUGUGCCUGACCGUUUAACCGGCCUGCAAGCGCUAGAAGAGCUACGAAGACUGAACCCAUCACGGAAAUGGAAUUUUUGCGAAAUAAAUGUGCAAUUAGACGAAUUAUUGGAAAUGAGAAAGUCCAAAAUCGCGGCGCUGAUCCAUCCAGCAUCAACGGUUCUCGAUGACAGUAUUGGCUGUGCGCAAUGGUUCGCUGCUCGAGGACAAGGUAUCCUGACCGGUUGCCCAAACAGAGAAAAAUAUGUUUCUUCAGCAAGGGUCGUAUUAAUGGGUGCUGGAGCUGAUGAACAAAUGGCUGGCUAUGCUCGACAUCGCCAAAGAUUCGCGAAUGGAGGCUGGCCAUCACUCAUUACCGAGGUAGAAAUGGAGAUGAACCGGAUAUCAGAGAGAAAUCUGGGACGCGAUAACCGCAUAUUAGCCGAUCACGGUAGAGCUCCAAGAUUGCCGUAUCUAGAUGAAAUGGUUGUUGAAUACCUAGCCCUAUUGCCAAUCUGGACGAAAGUCGAUCUGAGAUUGCCGAUCGGAUUAGGCGAUAAAAUAAUCCUCCGAGCUCUUGCCUAUCAGUUGGGAUUGCCAAGAACUGCCAUUGAACCCAAAAGAGCUAUUCAGUUUGGAUCAAGGAUUGCAAAAACUGAAGCUAGAAAAGAAAAAGGCUCCCAUGUAUGUGAUAGGUUAACAAAAUCUCUGGAAUUGGGCCAGUAAAAAAUACCCUUACUACUUCAUCAAUACAGCCAUAUUAUAUAAAUA